AUGAAGAAAGAUGACGUGUCACAAGGUGCUGAUGAUACGAAAAAAAAAAAACUUUCGUUCAAAGAAAAAAUGUUGUCAACAUUAAUUUCGACGAAAAAUUUUAUAUUUGAUAAUAAACACAAAACAAUAUUUGGACAAACAAGCGAUAAUUGGCUGAAAUUAUCGAUUUAUUAUUUCUUUUUCUAUAUCGCAUUAGGACUCUUUUUCUCUGGAAUGGUGGCCAUAUUUGCUGCUAUACUUAGUCGAGAACGACCUCGAUAUGAGUACACUCAUAGUGCACUGACUGAUUCAGGCAAAUGUUAUAUUGGGAUGGCAUUUCGUCCAAUGCCCGAUAUAACGGACAACUCAUUAAUAGUUUCAAAUGAUAAGUCUAAUCAACUACAACUGAUAGCCUCGUUACGAGCGUAUAAAAAUGGGCAUCCCUGUUCGGAAUCAACCGGUUUUGGAUGGUUAACUGGUAAGCCUUGUAUAUUAAUCAAACUAAAUAAGAUAUAUGCCUGGAUGCCUAAAUCAUCAGCAGAUACUAUUUCUAAUGUCGAGAAUGCGAUUGGUGUAAAUGUAACGCUGAAGGAGGAUCCCAAUACACAAAAUAUUUAUAUCACUUGCAACGGAUUGUAUCCAGCGGACCAAGAUGUUAUCGGCCCUCUGACAUAUUAUUCGAUACUUUUUCCGUUAGGAAAUCCCUAUUAUGGUGGAAUGCCAUUUUAUUAUUAUCCAUAUCUGUAA